CAAUUCUCAAACUCACCGAUAAAGCUUUUUGUUCUUUUCCUUCCUCUGCCAUGGACGACAAAAAAGCCGAACAAUUAGAAUCGACCGUAGUUUCUAAUCCAAUGCGAAAGGUUGAUACUCAAAACCCAACAGGUGCCAAAAAUGGUGAUGCUAAUUCAAGAAACCUUUACAGCAGUGUUAGUGAUGCUGAGGUUUUUAGAUAUCUUAACAGCAAUAAGGUUGCAUCUUAUAAAAGGGUCAUUUGGGAAACAAUGAAUAUGGACUAUCAGAAGGGGACGAGCCAGAAGCGAGCCAAAACUGCCAAGAAAGUUGAUCCAGCUAAGGUUGUUAAACCUUCACAGAAAAAGAAUAAUGAGAAGAAAUUGAGUUCAAAGAUCAAUUACGAUAUGUUGAAUAAACUUGAGCAGGAUCACGUUCAAGAAAUAGGAUUUGGAGAAGGCGGGAGAACGCUGGACAAUGAAAAAUUCAACUCUGAAGCUUAUAGUUCAGGAGAGACAAAUAAUAAUGACUUCGAACAUGAAAAACUGGGCAGUGAAGAAGAAGGCGAUGCCAUUCAAGAUUACUAUGCUAUUACAGAUUAUGGAAUGGAUGAUGAUGGCUAUGGUCAUUAUGAAGAGCAUGAUUAUGAAGAAUACUAGUUUGAUUUUUUUGUUUCAAAUGAAUGCUUAUCUGAAUUUUAUAAUUUUGUAGUUUUUCUUUUCCUGAUGGAACUGCAUCUUGGGGUUUUUUUUUGUUGACUGAACUGACCUUUCAGUUCAACAAGGGAGCUGCACUGAUGAAACUGCAGAAACUCCAUUGGAGCAUGAUUAGUUUGGGUUUUUAGAUUUUUUGAUAUUCCUACAUUAAAUAUAUAGUAAAUAUAGAUGUAUACCGUUUGGUUGGUUGGAUACCGUUGGACACACCUUGUAACAAGUUCCACAUUAUGUAUGCACCAAAGAGACUGAUGUUUUGUCUUAAGAUUUUUUAACAUGAACAAUUGUGAGGUCCUUCAAAA